GAUGAACUGUCGAGCACAUUCACACAAAAUCUUCUGCCAAUGUCGCCCUGACUUGAUGGGAAACCCGCGCGUCACAUGAAAACACGACACCGACACGAGCGAUGUUCCUCGACACAUGAGCGCAGCUGCUGACACUGCUGCGUGUCGCUCCUCAGCAUCGCUUUUAUAUCGACUUUCAGUCAGAGAACAGCGCAGGAAUGAGGAAUACACUGCAUGUCAAUGACGGACACAAGGUCCUCCACUCGGUGUCCGGAGACAAGAAAUGCAAGCGGAAAGCGCGCGACCCCGUCAAGCGUGAUUUAUCUUACUUUAAAGUGUACAACACAUCGCAUCCGACGGACGAGACGCUGGGAAACAGCGCGGUGAUGAGCACCAACCCUGUGGAAACGGUCGCGUCGCGGGAUGACAGCGACACUCUAAACACCGCUAUCGACAUGAGGAUUAAUACCGACACGACUGACUCGAAACCGCAGAAGACUGUCGAUAAUAGCGCUAAAACCAGCGCGCAGGUGUCGGUGUUGAACCGUCCGCAGGUUUUCGUGUUGUCUCAGCGCGCAGUCAGUCAGGCGCCUGCGAGCGGCAGCAGGAGCGAGUGCGCGGAAUCACCCGGGAGACGCGCAGGAGAGCCGUCUGGCGCGGGCACGCAGAUCAAAGCCGUGCAGCAGACGCGCAGGCUGCUGGCGAACGCGCGAGAGAGGACGCGCGUGCACACCAUCAGCGCUGCCUUUGAGGCGCUCAGAAAGCAGGUACCCUGCUACUCUUACGGGCAGAAGCUUUCCAAGCUGGCUAUAUUAAGAAUAGCUUGCAACUACAUACUGUCCCUCGCUCAGCUUGCCGAGCUGGACUAUACCCCAGAGCACCGCAAUCUGAGCUUCCGAGAGUGUGUGGAGCAGUGCACUAGAACUCUACAGGCCGAGGGGCGAUCCAAAAAACGCAAGGAAUAAAGUGAAGAAUGUCUUCAGUGACUCUGGAGUGUGAAGGAUUCUCUCGCCUGCAAGUCAAAUGAAGUUUAACAUUAAACACUGUGCUAUAGAUUUUACUACAGCUGACAGUGUCGAAAACUUAUGUACACUGAAAUUAUUUUUCGAUUUUUUGUUCAUGUAUUUUUGAAAUACAGUCAAAAACAUCAUAUUACAGAAAAAUACCACACAUUUGAAAACAUGUCAUUUUACAGGAAAACUUUUAAGUUUUACAGAACAAUUCUGGGGCCCCAGCUGCCAGAACAUUUUUUUUUUCUAAGAUUUGUUUACAGCAUCUGAAUGUGCUAACAUACAACUCAGUAUUAUGCAACGAGAACAUUUUAUGUGCAAUAAAAAUCAUUUUCAUUUUCCAUUUUUGCACAAUUAGAAUUGGAUUUGGUCUCUUACACUCCUGCACUGGGUGGCAGCAGACCGUUCACUUGUAAAUGAGGUAUAAUACAAGAAAUAUUGAUCACUUUCAUUUACAAUAACGUGUAAGUUUGGUUCAUAAAAGGAAAAUAUGUUAAUAUCAUUUAUCAAAAUAAUUUGUUUACGUCAAUAACCCAUCAAUCAAUAAAACUGAGCAGGAAUUCAUCUUUCUGAUCAAAGUCAAACAUCGGAAUUGUUACAUUGAUAAAUAUUAAAAUAUAAUAAAUAUUGUAACUCUAAA